GCUUGCACACUUUCAGCAGGCUGAAGCUCCACUAAGGUCGCCCCAACAUCCUUGUAGAAGUUGUUUUUUUUUUUUUGCCGGCUUGCUUCAUACCCGAUGAGUCAGCGCUCACACUUCACCAUAAUCUCAACAGCACCUGCUUCUCCCUAAAGGUCUGCAGCUGGUCCUCGCUGGGAAGGAGGGGUGGAGAGACGAGCGGAGGAGGCUAACAUCUCCCUCCUGAGGACGCUGACUAGACGGGAAGCAGAAGAAGAGAAAGCAUCAUGACCUCCUCCUGGUUGACUAGAAGUUGCAGCCGGGUUCUCCUCCGCCUCCUCCCAAGGAUGCUGCUCCUCCUGCUGCUACUGCUUCUCCUAGCCCAGCAGACGCAGGCGGCGCUCCACUCCAGCUUUCGCCGCCUGAGUGGCCGGGAGAAGAAGGAGAUGCAGAAGGAGAUAUUGUCCAUCCUGGGCCUGCCGGGGCGACCCAGACCCCACCCACCGCUCAGGCCGCCGUCCUCGGCCCCGCUCUUCAUGCUGGAUCUGUACCACGCCAUGGCUGUGGACGGCGAGGACGACGGCAACGACAUCAUCGGGCCCGGACCUGUUGUCAAGUUCAGAGCCGGCGAGCGGCGGGCUGCGGUCCACCGCCCGGCGCUGCCCACCCUCAGCACGCACAUGCCGCCGCUCGGCACCGUGGUCAGCGAGGCCGACACCGUGAUGAGCUUCGUCAACCUGGUGGAGCAGGAGCGAGACCUCCUGCAACCUCGGCCGUACUGGAAGGAGUUCCGCUUCGACCUGACGCCGCUCCCGCAGGGUGAGACUGUUACGGCGGCCGAGUUCCGCAUCUACAAGACGCUGACGUUGGGCCAGAGGGCAAACCGAACGCUGCACAUUUCCGUCUACGAGAUCCAGAGAGACAACAGACACAGGGAGCCUGAACUGGUGCUGCUAGACAUGCAGUCCGUACCCGCAGGCCAGGAAGGCUGGCUGGCGUUUGACGUCACCUCGGCCUCCAACCACUGGCUCCUGCACCCCCGCAGCAACCUGGGCAUCAGACUCUACGUGGAGACGGAGGAAGAUCGCUCCCUCUCGGCGGCCUGGAUCGGGCUGGUGGGCCGCCGGGGUCCUCGCUCCAAGCAGCCCUUCAUGGUGACUUUCUUCAGGGAGAGCCAGAUCCCCUGUCGGCCCCCCCGCGCCGUCAAGACACACCCCCGCAGGAAGAAGCCCAAAUAUGACCUCCCUGUGCCCAGCAUUCAUAAUCGAAGUCCCGUCAACAAUGGCGGUCAGCCAUGUAAAAAACACGAACUCUACGUCAGCUUCAGUGACCUCGGAUGGAAGGACUGGGUCCUGGCCCCCACGGGCUACUCUGCCUACUACUGUGAUGGAGAAUGUUUCUACCCUCUGGGUGCCUGCAUGAAUGCCACCAACCACGCCCUCAUUCAGCAAGUAGUGCAUCUUCUCAAACCAGACGAGGUUCCCAAGGCAUGCUGUGCCCCCACUAAGCUGAGUCCCAUCUCGGUGCUCUUCUAUGAUGACAACAACAACGUCAUCCUCAAGAAGCAUCGCAACAUGGUGGUGAAGAACUGUGGCUGCCUAUGAAACAUGCUAUAUAACCAGCACACUUAUUUAUACAUCAUCAUCAUUCAAGUAUUUAAGAAGCCACUACCUGUAAGCAGGAAAGAAUUGAAAACAAUGUUGGAGAAGUACAGUCCGCUAGUGUGUUUAUUGGUUCAUCUGCCACAAUAUGUCAAACACAUUGUGUGUCUGAUGAUUGCCAGCUAGGAGACCAGGAAGGAUGUGAGGUACUUGUGACGUCUGGAUGACGUUUAGUGGUUUGUACGCGUCCUGUUCACACAAACUGUCCAACAAAAAGGAAGAAUAUGCAACAACCAACACUCAAACUCAUCCUUCUCAAUAACAGAUUCAUACAAUAAAUACUUGUUGGCUGUUGCUCUUACAAUCUGUCACACACUUCUCAGUCCAUGUAUUCCACAUGUUCCAAUGCCUGCUAACUUCCAACUGCUCCACAAGUCAAUGCUUUGGUCCAACUGGUUUGUCUAAAACACAUGGGGGGAGAUGUGGAAAAAAAUGAUCACUAAGAAUAUUUUAUAAUUUUUGACAAAGUUCAAUGUAAUUGGAGCAACACAUUUGACAAAACAUUUAUUUUUUCAAGGCCAAUAUGAUUAAUAAGGUUGAUACUUAAAGCAUAUAUGCACUUGUGGUAUAAGUAAUCAACAGUGGUUAACAGGCUUUAAGUUAUUUUUCAGGAAAGGUUCGAGUAAUGUUAAGCAUUAUUACAUGUCGUAGAGGGGCAUCAACAUUUGUUGGUAAAAAUAUAAAAUAUUCCUGCAACUCAAUCGUAUAGAAGUUAUGGACUUAACAGCAGGAGACUAGCACUGCAUUAAGGAGUGAAAAUGAAUUGCUCUCACAAGAACUCAAAUAUCAAAACAUUUUAGGGAGAAUUAUUGACCAGAGUAGAUUUUGUUAAGGAAGGAAACGUUUCUCAUGCAGUGCAUAUUACUUCAUUUUUUUUUUUUAAUAUACUGAUUUUUUUUGUUAUACUGAUGUAUAACAAAAUGGCAAAUCGCUAAUAGUGAACUUUUCUGUCACUGCUGCCCUAAAAAGAUCAACUUUACUGAUCAUAUUUAUUUUGAGUUAUUAAAGCGCAUGUAAUGAUAUUAUCUCUAGGCACUUUUUACUGUUUUACCAAAGAAACCAAAACUACUCACUACAAAAAGACUAUUGUUAUUUUUACAUUAUUUCUUCAGUCUAAUAAAGGAAACGCAAAAUUGUUUUUUGGUCAGCUAUGAAGCCUAGCUCAGUGGUUAAAGCAGGGGUCACCAACACAGUGCCCGCAGGCACCAGGUCGCCCGUAAGGACCAGAUGAGUAGCAUGCUGGUCUGUUGUAAAAAUAGCUCUAAUAGCAGCACUUACGAGUAAGCUGCCUCAAUUUUUUUAAUUUUCUUUAUUUAAUGGUGGCUUUGCUCGACAUUUUUAAUUCUAAGAGAGACAAAACUCAAAUAGAAUGAUAAAAUCCAAGAAAAUAUUUUAAAAACUUGGUCUUCACUUUUUUUUUUUCAAUUGAUUUCAACUCUGUACACUGCUGCUGGAAUUUUAAUUUUCCUGAAGGAGUCAAUAAAGUACUAUCUAUCUAUCUAUUCACUUGUUUAAAUAAAUUAAUGUAUUUUUUUGCUUUGUGGGUUCUUCCGAGGAUGUUGUAGUCGUAAUGAUUUGUGCAGUCCUUUGAGACAUUUGUGAUUUGGGGCUAUAUAAAUAAACAUUGAUUGAUUGAUUGAUUGCUUCUUAUAAAUUUCAGAAAGACAAUUUUAGAGAAAAAAUACAACCUUAAAAAUGAUUUUAGGAUUUAACACAUAUACCUUUUUACCUUUUUAAUUCCUUCCUCUUCUUUCCUGACAGUUUAAAUCAAUGUUCAAGUAAAUAUAUAUUUUUUUAUUGUAAAGAAUAAUAAAUAAAUUUUAGUUUAAUUCUUCAUUUUAGCUUCUGUUUUUUCAACGAAGAAUAUUUGUGAAAUAUUUCUUCAGAAUUAUUGUGAUUUAAAUUCAAAAAAAUUAUUCUGGCAAAUCUAGAAAAUCUGUAGACUCAAAUUUAAAUCUUAUUUCAAAGUAUUUUGAAUUUCUUUUAAAAAUUUUGUUCUGGAAAAUCUAGAAGAAAUAAGGAUUUGUCUUUGUUAGAAAUAUAGCUUGGUCCAAUUUGUUAUAUAUUCUAACAAAGUGCAGAUUGGAUUUUAACCUAUUUAAAACAUGUCAUCAAAAUUCUAAAAUUAAUCUUAAUCAGGAAAAAUUACUAAUGAUGUUCCAUAAAUUCUUUUUUUUAUUUUUUCAAAAAGAUUUGAAUUAGCUAGUUUUUCUCUUCUUUUUUUCGGUUGAAUUUUAAAGAGUCGAAAUUGAAGAUAAACUAUGUUUCAAAAUGUAAUUUGCAUUUUUUUCCUAUUUUCUCCUCUUUUAAACCGUUCAAUUAAGUCUUUUUUUCAUCAUGUAUUCUCUACAAAAAACCUUCCGAAAAAAGGAAAAAAAAAUGUAACGACGGAAUGACAGACAGAAAUACACAUUUUUUAUAUAUGUGUAUAUCUAUAUAUACAUAUAUACGUAUACACACACACAUAUAUAUAUAUAUAUAUAUAUAUAUAUAUA